CAGGGCGGAGCCUCUGUUAGCUCGGAUAAAGGAGGACCGCACGUUGGUGUUGACACCGGUGUUUGACAAAGUCCAUUUCGAUGACUUGACAGUCACACGCUAUUGGCCGAGUGCAAACGCCUUUGACUGGGCCCUGUGGUGUAUGUACGAGUCCUUCAGACCUGAGUGGUAUGCCUUACAAGACGAGACACAGCCAGGAAAGUGUGGCUGUGUGGUGGAAGUGUCGAGGUCAUACCUUGUUCUAAAAUAGCCCACAUCGGGAGGGCCCAUAAACCUGAUCUCCCAGACCUGAGCAUUACAAUGAAGAGGAAUGCUCUGAGAGUGGCUGAGGUCUGUAUGGAUGAAUACAAACAUAAUGUCAACAUCACCUGGAACCUCCCACUGAAGAACUGUUAUUAUCGAGCCAGCGAGGAGAUCCACAUUGGAGCCAUCAAGUCUCACAAGUACAACAGUAAUUGCUGUCUGGUGGACAUUGGCACUCAAACCCCAGGACUGUAUGAUUGCAAGGAGGCCAAGCAGAAGGGAUUCCACAUGCUCUGGGAAUUUCAACAGGGAAAAGCCAUCCAGAACAGACAGACAAAGAGAUGUCUGGAGAUUGCCCCAGGGGAGGACACUUUCUACCAGCUCAUCAUUCAGGAGUGCAGUGGGCAGCACUGGUUAAUACGGAAUGUGAUAAAAGACUUCUGAUACACUGAGAUAGUUA